AUGGGAACCCCACAAAAGGAGAAUGAAAACAAGGGUUUCUUUUCCGCAAUGUCUUCCCGAUUUUCUCUCUUCAGCAAUGCUAUGCACCGAUCUGUUAACGGGCUUCUUGGAUAUGAAGGUGUAGAAGUCAUAAACCCAGAGGGUGGUAAAGAUGAUGUAGAUGAUGAAGCUCAGAGAGGAAGAUGGAAACCAGAGGAAAGAGAUGGUUACUGGAAGAUGAUGCAGAAUUAUAUUGGUGCAGAUGUAACGUCACUGGUUACACUUCCGGUUAUUAUAUUUGAACCAAUGACUAUGAUUCAAAAAAUGGCUGAGUUGAUGGAGUACUCCCACCUUUUAGAUGAAGCAGAUAAAUCAGAGGAUCCUUAUAUGCAGUUGGUAUAUGCAUCGUCAUGGGCUAUAUCUGUGUACUUCGCAUACCAACGAACCUGGAAGCCUUUUAAUCCUAUCCUUGGAGAGACUUAUGAAUUGACUAACCAUAAUGGAAUUACAUUCCUUGCGGAACAGGUUAGUCAUCAUCCCCCAAUGAGUGCUGGGCAUGCCGAGAAUGAACAUUUUACAUACGACGUAACUUCAAAGUUAAAAACUAAGUUUUUGGGGAAUUCUGUUGAUGUGUACCCUGUUGGAAGAACACGUGUGACCCUUAAGAGGCACGGUGUAGUCUUAGAUUUGGUGCCACCUCCUACAAAGGUUAACAACCUGAUAUUUGGCCGAACUUGGAUUGAUUCGCCUGGGGAAAUGAUAAUGACAAAUUUGACAACCGGAGACAAAGCCGUACUUUACUUUCAACAAUGUGGAUGGUUUGGUGCCGGUCGCUAUGAAGUGGAUGGUUAUGUUUAUAAUUCCUCUGAAGAUCCUAAAAUUUUGAUGACUGGGAAGUGGAAUCAGUCAAUGAGUUAUCAACCUUGUGAUUCAGAAGGAGAGCCUCUUCCAAACACAGAAUUGAAAGAGGUUUGGCAUGUUGCUGAUGUUCCUCCAAAUGAUAAAUUCCAGUAUACACAUUUUGCUCACAAAAUAAACAGCUUUGACACCGCUCCUAGAAAGUUGUUGGCAUCAGAUUCCCGUCUACGCCCAGAUAGAUAUGCACUUGAGAUGGGCGACCUAUCCAAAUCCGGGGCAGAAAAGAGCAGUUUGGAGGAGAGGCAGCGUGCUGAAAAGAGAGCUCGGGAGGAAAAAGGGCAUAAAUUCUCACCAAGAUGGUUUGAGUUAACUGAAGAAGUGACGUCGACUCCUUGGGGUGAUUUGGAAAUUUACCAAUAUAAUGGUAAGUACGCGGAACAUCGGGCUGCUGCAGAUAAUUCUGGUAGUGUUGUUGAUGAUGUUGAUGUUAAAUCAAUAGAAUUCAAUCCAUGGCAGUAUGGUGACUUGGCCACGGAAUGA